GACAACAAUACUGAACAGUUGUAGACCGUUGGUAGUGGUAGGCUUCUGGCUGUGAUCUCUGACCACUGUAACAGUGAAUAGUGGCAAUUUACCCGCGGUGUAUAGGCUUGUUUACUAGGCUAACUAGUGCAUUGGGGUGGGCUAUGUGCAGCAUGGGCAUACAGGAAACCACUCUAGCCGCUUAACUCACCUUGGCCACGAGCUCUAUAGUUUACAGCUAUUGCAUCACCUACAAAGCAUCAACUGAAUGUUGAAUGUCAGUUUGAGAGAUCAUCCCGGGCUUUGCCCCGUCUGCUGUAGCUGAGAUGUCCCUGGAGGACAUAGAACAACAAGACUAUGAUGUUUCUGACACUGAGAGAGUCAGAGCCUUGUCCCAGUCUCUAGACCUGCCUGUCUAUGUGAUGGAUGACCACCUGACCUCUGAAGCUGUCAAUGAGAUGGAGCAGAGCAAUUCUACCAGGAGCAGAGCAACCUCAGUGAUGGAAACCACAGAAGAGGGGAAGCUCAACAAUGUGGAACAUCUGACACUUAUGGACUUCCUUCAAAACCUAACUGAGAAGCAAUGGAGGGGGAUUCGUGAGGGCAUGUUUGACCCGCUGACAAAACAACAGCUUGCCGGCUUGUGUCUGAGGAUUGUCCAGUUUUUAUCGGACAAGCUGAUGCAGAUCAUCAUCCCAGGUCUUUACGAACUACUGGGCAUCCAAGAUGCUGCCUCCUCUCCAUUGUCACAGAGAUCUCUCACAGCGUCACUCACCAGUCUGUUAGACGAUAAGACUAACACCAAGUCCCGCGUGAGAUUUACUGAGGCUGGUGUACCUAAGAGGCCAGGCAGUCGAAAGCUUUACAAUAGCUUUCGCAUCCCGACUCCCUACCCUUCCUCCAACUGUAUGGAGCAGGAAGAGGAAGAAGAGCAGGAAUCACAACUUAAGUUCAAGGAGAUUUACCUGACUAAGGGCAGUGGAAGCUACCUGCCCAAGGGGGCCAUGAGGUAUGUUCUUAAAGGGAAAUUUAACAACUUCAUAUUCAUCUCCAGCAUCACCAUAUGUGAAAAUUACACAUUUCCGUGCUUUGUAGUAAAAAAAAUAUAG